AUUAGUGUGACAGAUAAAGACAUGAGUGUUAACGGGAAAGUUAUUUGUAGUAUCUCCAAUGAUGUACCAUUUGAAUUAAAACCAUCCGUUCAGGAGAACAUGUACUCUUUAGCUACUAAACAAACUUUAGAUCGGGAGCUUGUUUCACAUUAUGACAUCGUAAUAAAAGCGACUGAUUUAGGCCAGCCUCCACUUUCUACAUUCAAAACACUGACUGUUCAAAUUUCAGAUGUUAAUGAUAAUAUUCCAGAAUUUACCCAAAAUCCUCUUGAAUUGUACUUAAUGGAAAAUAACGUCCCCGGUACUUCCAUAUUCUCUGUCAGCGCGUUUGAUAAGGAUCUGAGUGAAAAUGCUGCGAUUUCUUAUCAAAUUAUGAGAAACACAGAACAAUUAGGAUCAAGUAUUAUACAGACUCGUACAAUAAAGAAUGAUAUGGCAAUGUUCUUGAAUGUCAAUCCAGAAACAGGCAUUAUUAGCUCGCUAAAGAGUUUUGAUUUUGAAACCACCAAGACGUUCCAGUUUCACGUGCUCGCUACAGAUUCUGGAUCACCGUCAUUAAGCAGCAACGUCACAGUUAAUGUGUACAUUCUGGAUCAGAACGACAACAUUCCAGUGAUUUUAUAUCCAGUCAGCGCUAACGGUUCUGCUGAAGGCGUAGAGGAGAUUCCGCGUAAUGUGAAUCCAGGACAUUUGGUGACUAAAGUGAGGGCCUAUGACGCGGAUAUAGGAUACAACGGCUGGUUAUUAUUUUCACUGCAGGAAGUUAGUGACCACAGUCUUUUUGGAUUGGACCGCUAUACAGGACAGAUCAGGACCCUUCGUCCGCUCACAGAAACUGAUGAGGCUGAACAGAAGUUGCAUCCAAUACAGGUCCGGUGACAAACGCUACAUGUUAGUUGGACCAAGAACGAGUAUCGGUUCAACAAUAUUUCCGGGUAGCAAU